UUCCCACUUUCGUUAUAAACCUAAACAAUGCUACCCCCACUUCUUUAUAACCCAAACCCAUUUAAGAAGUGUAGUAAGCUUCUUCACCCACAUAGCUAUAACAAGAGAGAGAGAUAGACAUAGAGCAAAAAUUAGUUUCUUAGAAGUUACAAAAUCAAAGAUCAGAACCAAAGAGCCUAAAGAUGAUGAAGGGAAGCAAGUCUUACACGGAGUAUUCGUCAUCUUUCUCAACAGAUGAAUUUGGUUAUGAUCAGAACCGUUCAAACUCCUAUAACUUCAAUGGGCCUUGUAUCAACACAGAUCCGGAGAUGAAAAGAAAGAAGAGAGUUGCUUCUUAUAAUCUUUUUGCCACGGAGGAAAAGCUCAAGAGUACUCUCAAGAACAGUUUCAAAUGGAUCAAGAACAAAUUCUCAGGCGAUGAUAAUAGUAUCCGGUACAACGUCUAGAUUAGUCCACUUUGCUCCUGAUCUUUUUAUUUCUUCCUUUUUAUUACACUAAGAUCUUAGUGAAACUUAACAUGUAAAUAAAGUGUGUGAGAUUGUGUAUGUGUGUGUGUGUGUCUAAAGUUUUGUAUGUUACUCAAAUGGAAAUGUCAAUUUGCUUUAAUUAUUUCUUUAUUGUUAUACUGUUUAUUUGGUUGAGUCAAUCCAAAUAAAAAACACAAAACUUUU